AAAGUGUAUUUAGCAGGAAGGAGGACUGGUCAGUAUGUUUAAGGGCCAGUCUUUCCAUAAUCUCUGCCAAACGGACCUUCUUUCAUCCAAUUUUUAUGGUCUUCUGUCCAAUACUGAGACCCUCCCCAGAGGGAACUGUCGGGGCCCUACCAUAGUUGCUUUUUUUCUAUGGCUUACAUAGCUUGUGAUUUAGAAUUCUCCUUUAUUAGCUUAAAUACUGCAGUGUAAUGAUUAAGGGUUAGGCUCCUCCUGGAGCUGGCAGAGUUUUCCAAGGGAUCCCAUCCUUUACUACUUUUAGGUAGAUUUGAAGUAAGGAAAAGUGAGAGCAUCAUUCAUUCUCCCGUCAGUAUCCAGUCAUCACAAAACGUCAGAAUUAAGUUACCCCAGCAACUAGAGCUAAAGCAAAGCCCACACUUUUAGAGGAAGAGCGUCUUUUCCGGCGUCAGUCCACCUAACACUCAUUCCAUUAUCAGUCAGUAAUUCUGGGCGUCCCUCCCCUCUGCCAAAAAGAAAAAAUAGGUAAGCCGCACUGCCAUCUGUCCCCCGGCCCGCUCCCCAUCCACCAGUUCAGCCCGGAUCAAAGCCGCCCCGGCGCGCCGCAGGCAGCCCUGGCGGGGGCCUUUCUGACGCCCGACGCCGGGGUCCUCCCUCAGGUCUCAUUCUGUGCCUGCGAACAUGGCGGCGCUCGUGGUAACAGGUCCGGGCAGAGCUCUGCUACGGGCGGGCACUGAGCGGCUGCUGCGGGGAGGUAUCCAGGAGCUACUGCGGCCGCGACAUGAAGGGAACUCCCCUGGCCUGGCGCGCGACUUCAGCCUCUCUCAAAAUCGGGGCACGGUCAUCGUGGAGCGCUGGUGGAAGGUACCGCUGGCCGGGGAGGGCCGGAAGCCGCGCCUGCGCCGGCGACAUCGCGUCUAUAAGCUGGUGGAGGACACGAAGCAUCGGCCCAAGGAAAACCUGGAGCUCAUCCUCACGCAGUCGGUGGAGAAUAUUGGAGUCCGGGGUGACCUGGUGUCAGUGAGGAAAUCUUUGGGCCGGAAUCGACUCCUUCCUGAGGGACUGGCUGUAUAUGCAUCCCCUGAAAAUAAGAAGCUGUUUGAAGAGGAGAAAUUGCUGAGACAAGAAGGAAAAUUAGAGAAGCUCCAGACCAAGGCAGGUGAAGCGACAGUGAAAUUUCUAAAAAGCUGUCGCCUGGAGGUAGGAAUGAAGAACAAUGUCAAAUGGGAGCUGAACCCUGAAAUAGUUGCCCGCCACUUCUUCAAGAAUCUUGGUGUUGUGGUUGCCCCACAUACAUUAAAGUUACCAGAAGAGCCUAUCACACGGUGGGGCGAGUAUUGGUGUGAGGUGACGGUGACGGCAGCUAGGAACAAGGCCGACAGAGACAAGGCAGAUAAAAAUAAUACAACCCCUGCUUUGGUCUGGGCUUCUGUUGCUAUGGUGAUGUUGACACGUAACGCACAGCUUUCAAUAUCAUUUCAGGAAUCAUUCUGCCUGAAAAACUUGUGGUGGCCUCAAUGGCAUAGCCUGGCUUGAAGUUGAGGCAGGAAUGGGAAAGUGCCCAAUCCAAGAUGCAAGGAGGGAAACUGCUCCCACCCCUUCCAGAAGCAAUGGAAACAUCUCUCCUCUCACCACCAAGGUCACACGGGAAAGGCCACCAGCAGGAACAUCAUCUUGAUGCUAAUGGUCCCCUCCCCAUCUCCCUGUUGCCAUCUUUACCCCUGAACUACGGUACUCCCACUUCCACUCUCUUAAUCCAUUCCACUACAUUAAGAAGCUUCCUGAUACUGACAUGACAAAUCAACUCUGGGCCUCUCUUCACAGUCCCUAAUUCCCCAAAACAGUAUAGGAAAAACUAAACAUUUGCAUUAAACUUCUCUUUUAAAUUC